AUGUCUACUCCCGGCAAUUGGACUAUAUUCAGAUACAUUCGAGAUACGUACGGGGACGCUGCCCUGGCCGCUGCUCGUCGAUACCUUAACCUAGCGACCAAAGUGAUCAGAUUCCAGUGCCAUCUUCGCUUCAAUCAAGUGUGUCUGAACCAGCAUGUGGCCCCUCCUGCUCUCCGUUGCAAACCUCUGGUGGACACAGCAUACGGACGACGCCUGGCCAAAUCUUACGAAAGGAAUUGCCUGAGGGCCCGCACUCAAGAAAACAAAGAAAUCAUCUUCAAGACGAGGAAACAACUUCACGCCGCUGAAAGGAACAUUCAAUGGUUUUUGGAUAUAAACGACUUCAGCAGGAUCAUCAUCGCACGUAAGGAAGCGGAGCUACUUGAACACAAACGGCGAUCAGCAGCACACCAGCACAAGCUUAGUGUGCUUUGCCCGAAAUAUUCCGGGCUGGACGACAGUACAACUGUGAUCAACCUCUCUUCCAAACGACUGGACGACGACCACACCUCCGUGCUAACUAAAGGUAUGAACUACGCCAUCAUUCCCCGAAGCAUACCUGUUAGCGAGAUUCUGUCGGAAGUAGAAGACAGACUGCGGCAAGUCAAAGAUAAAACAGCAGCCAUAGCGGCGAGGAACAAAGUAAUCGGAAUACUACAGAACGCAAACCUUCCGCCUAAAAACAUCACAAAAGCUGAACAGAAUGCUCUAAAAGACCUUCGCAACGACGAUACAAUUGUUAUUUUGCCCGCCGAUAAAGGCAAAGCGACUGUGGUACUGAAUCGUGACGAUUACGACAACAAGAUGGAGUCCAUCCUUCAAGACCGCUCCCAUUUCAGCGAACUAUCGGGUGACCCAACAGCUGCAUCUGAGAGAAAGAGUGUUGCCGCGCUCAGGAAACUCAGAACUAAGAAACUAAUUACGGACAGUCUGUACUGGAAACUUUUCACCUCCGACGGAGCGACACCGAAGAUAUAUGGCCUACCGAAAGUUCACAAGAACAAUUGUCCUCUGCGCCCCAUUGUGUCCUUCAUAGGUGCACCGUCCUAUAACGUGUCUAAAUUCCUGGCUGAACUGUUGGCACCUUUAAUGUACAAGAACGACCGGUCGGUGAAGAACUCUGCGGAAUUUUGUGAGCUCAUCCGUGACAUCCGCAUAGACGAUGGCGACGUCAUGAUGUCUUUUGAUGUCAUCUCCCUGUUUACAAACGUGCCCAUUGACGUAGCUCUGUCCGUAGUUCGAACGAAGCUGAGAGCUGACGCUGACUUAGAAGACCGCACUGAUAUUUCAGUUGAAGACAUUUUAGAACUUUUAAAGUUAUGCCUCGGACAAACCUUCUUCCAAUUCAAGAAUAGGUUCUUUAAACAAACCGACGGAUGCCCCAUGGGCAGCCCAAUUUCAACGACCAUUGCCAACUUAGUCAUGGAGUUUGUUGAAGACAAGGCCUUAGAGGACGCAGGACAAUUCAUCACCUUUUACAGACGUUAUGUUGACGACACAUUUGUGAUUAUUAAGAAGAAUUUCACCAACACAUUCUUUGACAAGCUGAACAGCAUUCAUCCUAACAUCCAGUUCACGUGCGAGGAGGAGAAAGAGAAAAAGAUCGCCUUUUUGGAUGUCCUCGUGCAAAGAGACCCUUGCGGAAACUUGAAGACCCCGGUUUACAGAAAACCGUGCGACACAGGUCAGGUCCUGCAUUAUGGUUCGGGGCACCCUCUUGAACACAAGCGAUCGGUUGUUCGUUCCCUGCUUUCACGUGCCAUGAAGAUCCCUUCAGAUCAUCAGACAAGACAUGAAGAAAUAACAAAGGCCAAAGCGGAUCUACGAAGAAGGUCGUGUAUGCCAACGGAGCCGGCGAUGAAGUUGUUGGUAUGUUACGGCGGACGGAAGGCGUUAGUAUCCGGCGACAGCAUCGCCACCGUCGAAAACGCAACUGGUCCUGCAGCUGCGGUACUAAGUAUACCAGAAGAGGAAUUAAAGCGCAAGCACUUGAUGGUCUACGACGGUGACUUCGACACCUACGUGGAGACUGCGCUGACGGCCCCCGUCAAGCAUAAGGACAUAAUCUUAUUCGAAGACGGAGAGUCAGAAGGCAUAAUGGUGCAAGACAUUGUGAACCUUGCUGCUGUGCCGAGAACGUCAAAACCUCGUACAGAGGAGUACGUGUUCCCACCCGUCCCUGUUGAAGGAAGGCAAUUGCCAAUCAUCAACGGGGAAACAUAUUCGAGGCCCGUUCAAGGGUCGUAUCCUGGCUCUCUUUCGACCUGUAUAACUACACAAGGGAUUGUGGAAGCCCGCACUACGCUCGAAAGCAAAAUACGAACGCUUGAAAAUGAGACGCUCGGGAGACGGUAA